AUGGAGAAUAGCAAUAAGAUAUCAUUACAUCCAGAACAAAAGAAAUGGAAAGCGCCAAAAGGUCCCAAACCAAUACAUCAUAAAAACAAGAAUCUUAUUGGAUUGGGUCGAUCCAUUGCUAAUCAAAGAACAAAAGAAAAUGCCAUUCAGUAUUUACCUGAUGGUGAAAUGAGAUUUACUACUGAUAAAAAGGAAGCCAACUGGGUUAAAUUAAGAUCAGUUACUCAAGAAAAUGCUUUGGAUGAGUUUUUAAGUACUGCUGAAUUGGCAGACACUGAUUUUACUGCAGAUAAAAAUCAACAAGUGAAAAUUAUUAAAGUUGGUAAUACUUCAAUUGUUAAUUCUAACGGAUUAUUAACUACUGAUGAAAUGUUAGCUAUGAGACAAAAACAUAUGAUGUUUGAAAAUAAAUUAACUAUACCUAAGCGUCCUAAAUGGAAUAAGAAUCAAAGUAAAUUAGAAAUUGAUCGUCAAGAGAAUUUAGCAUUUUUAAAUUGGAGAAGAGAGUUGGCACAAUUAACUGAAAAUAAUGAUUUAUUAUUAACACCUUUUGAAAGAAAUUUAGAAGUUUGGAAGCAAUUAUGGAGAGUUGUUGAAAGAUGUGAUUUAAUUGUUCAAAUUGUUGAUGCUAGAAACCCAUUAUUUUUCCGAUCUAUUGAUUUGGAUAAAUAUGUCACUUCAUUAAGUGAUUCAGAGAAUAACAAGGCGAAAAAUAAUUUAUUAUUAGUUAAUAAAGCUGAUAUGUUAACUAGAGAUCAACGUAUUGCUUGGGCAGAAUAUUUCAAAUUGAAAAAAAUAAAUUAUGUUUUCUUUUCAGCUGCUAAAGCUAAUGAAUUAUUAGAAAAGGAACGUGAAGAAUUAGAGAAUUUACAAAACAAUACUGGUACUAGUAGUAAUGCUGCUGCUGUUGUUGUGGAACAAGAAGAAACUGAAACUAAUGAAUCAAUUAGAAUAUUGAAAAUCGAAGAAUUGGAAAAAUUGUUUAUGGAUUCAGCUCCUAAAUUUGAAGUUGAUCCUGAAUUCCCAGAUAGAAAAUUACAAAUUGGGUUAGUUGGGUAUCCGAAUGUUGGUAAAUCAUCAACCAUUAAUGCAUUAGUUGGAUCGAAAAAAGUUUCUGUUUCUUCAACUCCUGGUAAAACAAAACAUUUCCAAACUAUUCAUUUGUCGCCAGAUGUUUUAUUGUGUGAUUGUCCCGGGUUAGUGUUCCCUAAUUUUGCUUAUACUAAUGCUGAAUUAGUUUGUAAUGGUGUUUUACCCAUUGAUCAAUUACGUGAACACAUUCCUCCAGUUUCAUUGGUUUGUCAAAGAAUCCCUAAAUUUUUCCUUGAAGCAGUCUAUGGUAUUCAUAUCCCAAUACAGAAAGUUGAGGAUGGUGGUAAUGGUGAAUAUCCAACUGCCAGAGAAUUACUUAAUGCCUAUGCUAGAGCAAGAGGUUAUAUGACUCAAGGUUUCGGAUCCGCUGAUGAACCAAGGGCCGCUAGAUAUAUUUUGAAAGAUUAUGUCAAUGGGAAAUUACUAUAUGUUAACCCUCCACCUAAAGAAGCAGCCGAUGAUGAUAAAAAUGAAUGGAUAUUACCAAAUUUACAAGAAAGUCGAGUUUUCAAUCGAGAAUUGUACACAUUAAACCAUUUACCUGAAUCUAGACAACAUCAAAUAGUUUCUGCUAUGCAACAUAAACAUAUACCAAUUGAUGAAUUUAAUUUGGAGAAGGAUUUGAUCAAAUUGAAUUUUUCUCAACAUAUUGCUGCUGCUAAUGCUACUGGUAGUACUGGUGAAUCAAAAGAUGAACAUAAUAAACUUACAGGCAGCAACCAACUGCAAACAGAAGCUAAGACAUUAUUUUAUGGUGGGAAACAAGCAGCAUUAGAAAGUGCUGGUGAUGAAUUGGAUCGAGAAUUCUUUGCUAUGAAUAACAUUUCAGGUAAAUUUGCAACUCCAUUCCAUAAAAAGAAUAACAGUACAGAAAAGAAUCUGAAUAAAAAACAUAACAAGAAGAAUAAGAAACAAGAUAAGAAAGUUAGAGUAGUAGGUUACUAA